AUGGCAGUAAAGGAAACACAAACUUCUCGUCUUCUAAGUUUGCUUAUUAUGCUUCUAUGUCUAUCCUUUCAUGUUAGAGUCACGGAGGCUAGAUUCCGUCACAUAGUUCGCAUUUCCACUUCUCCUUCUAGAUCCACUCCGCCCUCUAAACCGUGUGGAAGUGGUAUUUAUCAUGUUGACGGAGCAACAGAAGCGUCUUGUAGACGCCCUGCAAGACCAUCUGCAGCAGACCCUUAA